CCCCCACUGCCCCCUCCCCCAAUUCUCCAUCCCCUUCCCUCUUGGUCUCUGAGGACCCCAUCCUAGCCCGGCCCGUCUCGGCCCGCGACCUCCGCGAAGCCGUCGGUGCCACUCCCCGCCCAUGUGGGCCCCCGCGGGCUGCCCACGCCUGUCCCCCAGCUCCCGGUUCCGCUGGGCUUUCCCCUCGCGUGGGGUGGCUUUCUGAGCCGCCCGCUCCGUGCCCCUCUCUGCAGCCUUUCCUGCCACUCGGGGCCCCCGUUCCCCCUCCCGGAGGCGGGGGGCUGCCCCCGGGGGACUGGCGGAGCUGGGCCGCGGGGGCCCCGGGGCCGGCGGUGCCGGGGUCAUCGGGAUGAUGCGGACCCAGUGUCUGCUGGGGCUGCGCACGUUCGUGGCCUUCGCCGCCAAGCUCUGGAGCUUCUUCAUUUACCUUUUGCGGAGGCAGAUCCGCACGAUAAUUCAGUACCAAACUGUCCGAUAUGAUAUCCUUCCCUUAUCUCCUGUAUCCCGGAAUCGGCUAGCCCAGGUGAAGAGGAAGGUCCUGGUGCUGGAUCUGGAUGAGACACUUAUCCACUCUCAUCACGAUGGGGUCCUGAGGCCCACCGUCCGGCCUGGAACGCCUCCUGACUUCAUCCUCAAGGUGGUGAUAGACAAACAUCCCGUCCGGUUUUUUGUACAUAAGAGGCCCCAUGUGGAUUUCUUCUUAGAAGUGGUGAGCCAGUGGUACGAGCUGGUGGUGUUCACGGCCAGCAUGGAGAUCUACGGCUCCGCAGUGGCGGACAAGCUGGACAACAGCAGAAGCAUUCUCAAGAGGAGAUACUACCGACAGCACUGCACUUUGGAACUGGGCAGCUACAUCAAGGACCUCUCCGUGGUGCACAGCGACCUCUCCAGCAUCGUGAUCCUGGACAACUCGCCCGGGGCUUACCGGAGCCACCCAGACAAUGCCAUCCCCAUCAAAUCGUGGUUCAGUGACCCCAGUGACACCGCCCUCCUCAACCUGCUUCCCAUGCUGGACGCCCUCAGGUUCACCGCUGACGUUCGUUCUGUGCUGAGCCGAAAUCUUCACCAACACAGGCUCUGGUGACGGCCGCCGCCCCUCCCCCUGCGCUGAGGUGGGGGGGAGAGGGCGGGUGAGCUCUCUGGACGCCGUUUGAUGGUGAGGACUGCCUGGGCAGGACCUGCCCCUCCCGCCCCUCUCUGCCCAGGGAGCCCGGCCCUCCGCAUGGAGUCUGGACGGACACAUGGGCCGCACUCUGAAGCAGCCUCACUCUGACUUGGGGUUCACACUCCCUGGAAGCCCCAGACUGGGACAUAGCGGAGGCUGUGGAGAGCCCAGACUGUCUGGUGGAGACCAGACCGGCCAGAAUGAGAGAGAGACGUUCGGUAAUCUGGGAGGCUCAAAGAAAAGCCAAGCCAGCUUUGUUGUGAUUUGAUUUUUUUAAAACUCUUGUACAAAACUGAUCUAAUUCUUCACUCCAAGGGCUGGGCUAUGGGUGGGAAACUGGGAUUUUGGGCCACUGGAUUUUCCCCAAACUUGUCCUCCCCACCCCCCCUUACUUUUCCUUCCAUUUUCCCUUCUUCCUAGACUCCCUCAGACCUGUAACCAGCUUUCUCUCUCUCUCUCUUUCGGUCUUCCUUUUUUUCUUUCCUCUCUUUUAAACCAUGCAUUAUAACUUUGAAACCAAA